AUGCUCUCCUUUCAUGUGAAACUAAAACCCUAUUUACAUAAGUUAACUACUUAUAUUCCGAGGGCCAUUGUAUAUUGUUUAUUACUAUGGUCUUUUUGGGUAUAUACUUGGACUAUUUGCAUUAAAACAGUUUCUAAUUUUUAUGGUAUUAUCCUAAUAUUUUUUGCCAGUAUUGGUUUUAUCAUUUCAUUUUGGUGUUACACUGCUACUACUUUUACAUUUCCUGGUUCUCCUCGGGGUAAUGAUGGCUAUGUUUGUAUUGAGUCGCGUAAUUAUUCAACUUUUAUCUCAGUAAAGCAAAAUGGUUCAGCCCGUUUUUGUAAUAAAUGUGAAAUUUUGAAACCUGAUCGUACGCAUCAUUGUUCUAUAUGCAAUUACUGUAUUCUUAAGAUGGACCAUCAUUGCCCAUGGCUUUCUAAUUGUAUAGGAUUUGCUAAUUAUAAACAGUUUCUUUUAUUUCUUAUUUAUAUUUCAAUAUAUUCGAUUUAUCUUUUUAUAUCAUCUUUGAUUAUUCUCUAUAAAUUUAUUAUACUUUUAAAUAUACCUUCAAAAAAUGUUAUACCAGUUAAUUGGAUGCUUUUGCUUGUUAUUUCAGGAGUAUUUAGUAUUGUUUUAGGAAUUUUUACAAUUUGGCAUAUUUUCUUAGUUUCUCGUAACCUUACUACUAUUGAAGCUCUUAAACAAACCUGUUAUAUUGGUAACUUAAAUAAUGAUGAUUCACGAUCAAAUUCCAAGAUUCGAAAUGCUUUUGAUCUUGGAUGGAAAAAAAACUGGAUUCAAGUUAUGGGUUCCAAUAAAUUCCUUUGGUUUUUUCCUAUUGUCAAUAAUCUUGGAACAGGUGAAUCAUUUCCAGUUAAUAACGAUAUAGCAAAAAAGUUAUAUGAAUAUUUUCACCACUCAAAAAAUAUUAUAUGA